AUGGGCGGAAUCCGCCUGAGAUCGCUCGCUCAGAGGCGGAGCGUAUCCAUAUCGACCGCCGACAUUGCCAUCCUAGUGCACAAGAAAAUGAUGGCGAAGGCGCCGAGUAUCCCCAAAGAAGAGAUCGAUGCACGGUGCAAAAGCGAUUCCUUUGCCAAGAUCGUCGCUUCCUUGCAGUUCAUCUGGCUCGGCAUCCAUCGAGGCAACACCGACGUAGACAACAGAACAAGGGGUGUGGAGCGGGAACAUGGUCGUGAGGGCACUGACGACGACAACGGCGACGGCGGAGAUAGCCGGCGCAUCAACGGUGAUCAAAACCGCCUCGGUGAACAAGAUGCGAGAAGCGCGCCAUUCGGAGUCGACCUGCGAGUCGCCAUUCCCUGGGUCAUAACUGUGGGUAUCUGCAUCACGUUCGGAGCCCUGCACUGCCUCAUGUGGCAUCGCGUCUUCCCGACUGCCAUCGAGCUGUGCCACGAAUAA